CGUGCGCGGGGGUGGCGUCGGAGCGCCGGUCGCUGGUCUACGCCAUGCUGCUCUCGUGCUACAACUUCGGAGGCGACCGUCGUCGGCCUCAGCGGGGCGCCCGUGCUCGAGGCCCUCGGCCUCGACGGCGGCGGGAGCUGGGGGGCGCUGCCAG